CGUUUGUCAUCUCUAGAGAAAUCUCUCGACAGUUCUUCAUAAGCAACGAGACAAACGGUGUCUUGACUCGAGCAUCUCGUAUUCACUUUCAACGGUGCUUAGCAAGUGUUCGUCCUCUACCGACUACGCAAUUACUCGUUAAAUAGUGCAUUACGACAUCGGUAACCGCCACCUUUUCUUCAUUCGUGAGUGAGCCAACUUGUCACAUCGCUGGAAUUUCCACCGCUGGGCCAUUUAAGGUGGAGGAAUUAUUCACAGAAAAUCUGAUGCUCUUCAAGCCGCAAUUUUAAACUUCGAUGAGAGAUCUUUUCAAGACUCGAGUUAAUGUACAUCGACAAGUACAUUUUCGAGGGCGAAUAAAUGGCUUCUGAGGAAUUAUUUACACAAUUGCGGAAUCAUCUAACUGCGAGAUGUUAAUUGAAAACGAGAAUCUGGUCGACUUUAAAUCGAUCCAUGUUAUACGACACUUGAGAAACGAAUUAACGUGCCUUAAUAUGGUGAGACAUAAAACCACAAAGAAGGAAAAGUGACCCCAAAUUGCAUUUCCAAAAUCCAAAAAGAUAUUUCGGACCGACCCGGAAUCUACAUACAAAAAUGUGGAAAGUCAUUUGUUUCAUUGGAACAAUUUUCCUCGGCAACAUUAUCCAUCCAGGAUGGUGUCAAAAUUGUCGAGACAAAGCGUGGGAAAAAGUGAGCGGAAUGAGGCCAGAAUCAAUAAAUUCGAGUGAAAUUCUACACAGUGGAAUGGAUUCCCAAGGGAUUGUUAGUACGUGCUUCAGAAAAUGUAAAAGCACAAAUUGCUCGGCAUUUAUAAUCGAUCUGAAAAGAAGCGGCUGCUUCAGCAUUGUUCCAAAUAGCGAGGAAUUCGUCCCAGAAGCUAACAUAACAUUUUACCACAUAAUCUGCCUUAAAGUUCCGCCGAUUUGCAGUCAUUCAAGAUUGUGGCAAGUCGAGAGGACGUUGGGAGCAAUUUUGAUUGACACAUCUACAGAGUGGAUGCCACAAAUUAUGACAAGACGACAGUGCUACGAAAAGUGCAUAGAAGAGGGAGAUCGCUGCAAAUCUGCACAAUUUCGCACGAGUCACGAUCUCUGGAUUGGCGACAGUCGAGGAAAAUGUGCAUUGUCAACUGUUGAAAGAGGAAUAAGACCGCAAGCGUACAGAGCUUCGAUGUACAGAGACGAGUACUUGCAGAAUCAGUGCCACAACAUUUCAACAAAUGAUUACUGUUCAUAUGCAGAAUUUCGAAACAUGACAAUACCAUACUCGGAUGUCAAAUUACAAGGUCUCGAUGCCAAACAGUGCGAAGAGAGGUGCAAUUUGGGCAGUGAUGGCUUCGUCUGCAGGGGGUACACGAUUUUGAACAAGACGACAUGUCUUCUACAUGCCGAAGACACCAUAAGUGCUGGUGUGAGCUCAUUAGUGAAUCAAGCAAACGCCAUAUACAAGGAACGUGAACCCUGUUUGGAUUUGAAGGUGAAAUGUAACGAUUCGAGUAUGAAAUUGGAACUGACCACCAUAGAACCUUUCUGGGGUCGGAUUUACGUAAACGGAUGGGGUGAAACUUGCGGCACCCAUGGAAACGGAAGAAAUUCCACCACUCUGAUUCUUCCUCUGCCAAAAAAGGAAGACUUGUCAUCAAAUCGAAAUAUCAAUUGCGGCCUGAUUCCUGCGUUUUCCGUGGACCGGAAUAAUCGAACUCAUACAAUGGUAUGGUCAACGAUCGUAAUUCAAUUCAACCCGAUUAUCCAAAGAUUGGGAGAUCAAGCAAUCAGAGUAGGAUGUCGAUUAGGGGAAGGCGAAUUACCGGAGCCAAGAAACGUAACAGUUCAAUCCAGUAUCUCUUUUCUGGACCCCAACGCAGGUAUCCCGACCAUAACCUCAAUUAAAAAUGCUUCGUCGGAAGCUCCCAUAAUUACCAUGAGAAUUCUCGACAACGACAUGAAGGAUGCUACAUACACUCGAGUGGGGGAUAAGUUGAUGCUAAAAAUUCAAAUUACCCCAGCCAAUGGGAUUUACGACAUCGCAGCUGGACAUCUCGUCGCCAGCAGUGCCAAUGGGGAAUCUUCCUAUCUUUUACUAGACGAGGCAGGAUGCCCAACGAAUCCUAGAACCUUCCCAGCACUCGACAAAGAUCCUAGGGACAAUCGUUCCCUAAUCGCCAGAUUUAACGCCUUUAAGUUCCCAAACAGUCUGGUAGUGAGAUUCGACGUUAUCGUUCGAUUUUGCAUGGACAAAUGUCUAUCGGCAAUAUGCGGAAAUAAUUCAAUCUCAUACGGGAAAAAGCGUCGGUCUCUUCAAACCGAACCGACCAUCGCUAACGUAACGGAAAUAACUCAAACCCCUACAAACAAUUCUGUGGAUGAACUAUCACUGCAAUUGUUCUUAAUUGUUCAAGACCAGUACAACACCGCGGAUCCUCUUUUAUCUAAGGAAACUAAACCUCCGGACACCUUGCUCAUAACUGCCGGACAGACUUUGGAUAAUCUUCUAUGCAUGGACGCAGGCCUCGUCCUGGGAUUACUUCUCUUCUGGCUAGUGAUCCAAAUACUUUUACUAAUUGCUUGUCUAUUAUCGGUAAUGAAGUACAGAAAAAUAGCAAAGCAAGCCGAGGAGGACAGAGCGGAAAUCCUGACGAGACAUUUUUACGGAAUUCAUGGCGGGAAUUUUGAAAUCGGCCGAAGAGUCCGAUGGGCCGAUCACAAUAGUUCUUCGAUUAGCUAAAACCCUGCCAAGAUACAAGAAACAAGAAAAGCGAAUCGUAGGACCCUGCCUCAGUUUUCCUACAAUGAGAAAAAAAAAAAUGUCAUCGGGAAAAAAAUAUAGAUAAUUAUUUGACAAACUCGAGUAAUUACCUCGGACAGAGAUGAGGUCGGGGAUUGCACACGAACUGGGAUAAUAAACAUUUAAUAUUUGUCAACAUCCUUUGAUUGAUUCCAACAUGAUUUACGACAUUACGUAUCUUGAAAAUUUUUGUACAAAUUAUAUGUACCAUACAUCCGCGAGAAUAAACUUCUCUAAUUAAUCGCUAAACUAUCUUUGGCUGAGUUUAUUUAUAAUAAUGCACGUAUACACAGUUUAAACUUAUUUGUACUACAAUAUCAUUUAUUAAACCACUAAAUACUGAUA